AUGUGCUCCCGAAGGCAGAGUCUGAGGCUGUGGUGGCUGCAGUAUCGAGAUCAGUUUUGCCCGACCAUCUGUAAGUCGCAUGGCUGCACUGCUGACGGCCUCUGCUGCCACAGCGAGUGCUUGGGCAACUGCUCUGAGCCCGACGACCCCACCAAGUGUGUGGCCUGCUGAAACUUCUACUUGGACGGCAGGUGCGUGGAGACCUGCCCGCCCCCGUACUAUCACUUCCAAGACUGGCGCUGCGUGAACUUCAGCUUCUGCCAGGACCUGCACAACACUUGCAAGAAUUCACGGAGGCAGGGCUGCCACCAGUACGUCAUUCACAACAACAAGUGCAUCCCCGAGUGUCCCUCUGGGUAUACGAUGAAUUCCAGCAACUUGAUGUGUACUCCAUGCCUGAGCCCCUGUCCCAAGGUCUGCCACCUCCUGGAAGGUGAGAAGACCAUUGACUCGGUGACAUCCGCCCAGGAGCUCCGAGGCUGCACGGUCAUCAACGGGAGCCUGAUCAUCAACAUUCGAGGGGGCAACAACCUGGCAGCUGAGCUAGAGGCCAACCUUGGACUCAUUGAAGAAAUUUCAGGAUAUCUGAAAAUCCGCCGGUCCUAUGCUCUUGUGUCACUUUCCUUCUUCCAGAAGUUACGUCUGAUUCGGGGAGAGACCUUGGAAAUUGGAAACUACUCUUUCUAUGCCUUGGACAACCAGAACCUAAGGCAGCUAUGGGACUGGAGCAAACACAACCUCACCAUCACUCAGGGGGAGCUCUUCUUCCACUAUAAUCCCAAACUCUGCUUGUCUGAAAUUCACAAGAUGGAGGAGGUUUCGGGAACCAAGGGGCGCCAGGAGAGGAACGACAUCGCCCUGAAGACCAACGGGGACCAGGCGUCCUGUGAAAAUGAAUUACUUACAUUUUCUCACAUUCGGACAUCUUCUGAUAAGAUCUUGCUGAAAUGGGAGCCGUAUUGGCCCCCUGACUUCCGAGACCUCUUGGGGUUCAUGCUCUUCUAUAAAGAGGCCCCUUAUCAGAACGUGACGGAGUUUGAUGGGCAGGACUCGUGUGGCUCCAACAGCUGGACGGUGGUGGACAUUGACCCGCCUCUGAGGCCCAACGACCCCAAGUCACAGAACCACCCCGGGUGGCUGAUGCAGGAUCUCAAGCCCUGGACCCAGUACGCCAUCUUUGUCAAGACCUUGGUCACCUUUUCUGAUGAACGCCGGACAUACGGGGCAAAGAGCGACAUCAUCUAUGUCCAGACAAAUGCCACGAACCCUUCUGUCCCCCUGGAUCCCAUCUCUGUUUCUAACUCCUCAUCCCAGAUUAUUCUGAAGUGGAAGCCUCCCUCUGAUCCCAAUGGCAACAUCACCCACUACCUGGUUUUCUGGGAGAGGCAGGAGGAAGACAGUGAGCUAUAUGAGUUGGAUUAUUGCCUCAAAGGUGAGUGCAGACAGAUGUGUGGGAGCCGCCGGUUUUACGAGCACAUCUGA